GACUUCGAUCAUCGUCACGCUGGAAGGAAACUACCGUCCUUUUUGCAGCGUCACACAUCUGAGGUCCGAUUACUUCUUGAAAGCUGUAAAGAGCGGCCGAACAAAGCGCAAACUCCAUAAUCAAAGAUAAAGAGUGAAUGGUGAGAAGAAUUUUCACCAGAGCACCAUCAAAUCUACACAUUAUUAUUUUUGGCUCUCUGUUGUGUGUUGUUCAAUUCGCUCCUUAAGUUGCCUUCAAAAUGUCAAACUGUUUCACUACGGCAGCGCUGUUUCUGUGCGCUCUUAGCACGAUCUGCAAUGCAUUUGUACCACCUUUUUCGUCUCUACCAACUGKAGUAACCACAAGGACAGAGCGAAAAGAACAAGAUCCACUGCUUCCGAUUUUGCCAUCUCCAACUGGAUCAAAGUCUACGGCGCUCUUCGGAAUCCCCAAAAUGUUUCGUUGGUUGACCGAUCAAUAUCCCGAUAUCAUCAACAAUCGCCUCGAAGAAGGAUUGGCCGAAGAUGUUUCGGUAGACAAUUUUUAUUUGGACAUGAACGGAAUCAUCCAUCCAUGUACGCAUGGUAACAAUGACAGCGAAUUGGUGUAUUUGGAUGAGACAGCGAUGUUCAAAAAGAUUUUCCUUUACGUCGAUCGAUUGUACAAGAUGGUUCAGCCGAACCAGGUUCUGUACCUCGCCGUAGAUGGAACCGCACCUCGUGCCAAAAUGAAUCAACAGCGAUCGCGUCGGUUUCGAUCAGCAAAGGAAGCCGAGCAACUGGCCGCAGAUUUGGCGGCUCGAGAAAAUUUCAAAGGAAAGGAGUUAAAGAUUGAGAAGGACAAGCAACGAUUCGAUUCAAAUUGCAUUACUCCAGGAACCGAUUUCAUGUUGAAGUUAUCGCUAGCCCUACAAAAGUGGGUUGAUUACAAACUGAAAACGGAUCCAUUUUGGAUGAACGGUGCUACUGUCAUUGUUAGUGGACCAGAUGUUCCAGGAGAAGGAGAACACAAGGUCAUGGAUUUCAUUCGAGAAUCGCAACAGGAAUAUCGCAAAACAGGGGAAUCCACCGAUCUCUACGGUCCCGGAUGGACACAUGUCUUGUAUGGUCUCGAUGCUGACCUAAUCAUGGUAAGUAAAAUAUGAAUUCUACUAUUCCACCAUACCGUCAUUUUCCAAAAAAGCUUACAAAUCCAUUUUGAAUAAUGCUUUCAUCUCUAAUUGAAUGAAUUAGCUGGGACUAGUCACUCACGAAAGCAACUUCAUGCUCUUGCGAGAAAAAAUGUCUGUCGUUAUGGCUGGCCGAGGACGUAACAAAUAUCGUAAAAAGAAGGACAUGAUGGAAUACACUCGCCAUGACUUCGAAUUACUGGAAUUGGCAAGUUUGCGCAAGCUCCUAGCCAUCCAAUUUCGCAAGUUCUCUGAUCAAUUAGAGGGAGAUUACUCUUUAGAUCGAAUAGUUGACGACUUUGUUUUCAUGUGCAUGCUGGUUGGAAACGACUUUUUAAGCCACUGCCCCCACCUGGAAAUCAAUGGCGGUGCCAUAUCACUGAUGAUGACAACAUACAUUGACUUGUUACCUGAUUGGGGAGGAUAUUUGACAGAUCGCGAGAAGAUUGCCCCUGAAAGAUUCGAAGAGUUCAUUUAUCAUUUGUCGGUUUACGAAGAGGAGCACUUUAAAAAGCGGGGGUACGAAGAAAACGAGCCCGGGUGGAAGCUCGAAUCAGAUAAUGAACACGACGAGAACGACUUUUACGGCAUCUUUUAUUCCGGCAAUCCGACUCCUUCGUGUGCUGUCGCCGCAAAUGUGAAAGGGAGUGAACCUCCACCUUCUCGAAAGGUCAAAAAAGUACCCAAAACCUCUGCGGAGGUGGCGAGUGAAGAAGAAAUGAAGAAGGUGGACGAGGACAACGAAUAUCCUCAUGUUGUUGGACCUAAAGGGAACCGCGCAUUCCGAAGAAGGCAUCCAGAUAGCCAAGCUCGCUCGUAUCGAGACUUUUACUACGAAUCGAAACUUGGCUGGCCAACGGAGGACCGUGAAAAAACCCUCUUUCAUCGCCGAGCCCAUGCGAGGGACUACCUAGAAGGACUUCACUGGAAUUUGAAUUACUACCACAAUGGUUGUUGCGAUUGGGAUUGGUAUUUCCCGCAUCUCUACAGCCCCCUGGCAACAGAUAUGGUUAACUUGGAUGAAUUCUAUCACGAUGAUCCAGAUGAUGCUGAAUUCAAAAGCUUCCCAUUUGAAUUGGGUACCCCUUUCCCUAGUCUAGCUCAGCUAUUGUCAGUUCUUCCACCUCAGAGUGCUAACUUGUUGCCAACGGCUCUAGGAGAGCUGAUGCUACAUCCCUCUUCUCCUUUAAUCGAGUACUAUCCUUCCGAUUUUACCUCCGAUCCGAAUGGAAAGCGUCAAGCAUGGGAAGCAAUCGUUCAAAUCCCUUUCAUCGAGAGUGAGCUUCUGCUUGACACAGUCAAUCAAAUCUUGGAAAAGGAUGACGGAGAUAACAAAAUUCUGACUCCCUCUGAAAGGAGACGGAACCGACCUGGUAAGAUCCACUAUUUCAAACCCACUGGAGAUGGGGAGAAAGUCGACAGAAAAAAUACCAACGGCAGCAAUGUUUCAUCAAAGAGAAGUGCACGAGGUAAGAAGAGUAACGUCAGAGGGGGGCAAGCCAAAAGAACUAGUCCAACUUCCUCUGUAGCGGGUAGUAAGAAGAAACCAUCACCAAAGAAAGCAAGGAAAACCAAGGUACCUAGUAAGAAAGCAAGGAAGACAAAGGUUUCUAGUGAGAAAUAAAAGAACAUAGGCUACAAGAUCAAAAGAGUUCAGUUAACCGAUAUUGACGACGAUUCGAUAGUAAGGAUGUGUUUUACAGUAAUCAAUUGGGAGAUCUGUUAAUUCUGAGUUUACUAUUAUGGUGUCCCCUCAAUACUAUUUUAUAUAAUACAUAGGAAAAUCACCU